AUGGAUAUUAGAAUGUUGUUGAUCGGGCACAGCCCGGGAUCUGAGGCACAAUUCUGUGGCGAGGCGAAGGGUGCUUUGCCUGUGGUCAAAGCCUUCUUACUCUCAUACAUGGCUUAGGUAGUAGCGAUGAAACUCUAUGAUUAGGAAAGAUGUUCCGGAGGAGCUGAAUUCUCUGCUUCAAAUUAGCCCCUUUAUUCAUUCUCCUUGCUUGGAAACCAAGCAGACAGAAGGGUCGGAGAUGGAAACGGUGAAGGUGUUGGUCGGGUGAUCUAGUGAGAGACGAAGAGCGAGGUGUCUGCCAAGAGGAUAUCGGAACCUUGACUUCGUGCCUGGUGGUUCCGUGGGGGAAUGUCGUUGAUAGGGCUCAACACGGAAGUCUGGCAGUGACAGGAGCAGCGGCAAGCGGCUGCGUUGAGUUUGGUUUCUUCGCGUUCGGCCGCUGGACAAAGAAAAGGGUCUCGUCGCUUGCCUUCAUUCCGCAGCUGGCUAUUGCUUGCUUUUUGUCAUCCAGGCCUCUCCGUCGCUUCUGCCAUAAUGUCCUCCGACUUUGAGGGCUAUGAGCAGGACUUCUCGGUUCUCACCGCUGAGAUCACGAACCGCGUCGGAAAGGUGCCCAAGUUGUUGGGAGAUGAGAAGAAGCAAAUGGUUUCAAAUGUGGAGAGGCAGCUGGAAGAAGCAAGAGAGCUGCUGGAACAAAUGGAGCUUGAAGUUCGAGAAAUCCCUCCACAGAGCCGAGGCAUGUACAGCAGUAGAAUGAGGAGCUACAAGCAAGAAAUGGAAAAACUUGAAGCAGAUUUUAAAAGGUCACGGAUUGCCUACAGUGACGAGGUGCGGAAUGAGCUCCUAGGGGAUGAUGGGAAUUCCUCGGAGAUCCAGUUGAUAAAAUUACGUGAAGAGAGAGCACAUCUGCUCGAUAACACAGAGAGGCUGGAAAGGUCAUCUCGGAGACUAGAGGCUGGAUACCAAAUAGCAGUGGAAACUGAACAGAUUGGCCAGGAUAUACUGGAAAACCUCAGCCACGACAGAGAGAAGAUUCAGCGUGCUCGAGAAAGACUCAGAGAAACAGAUGCAAACUUGGGCAAGAGUUCAAGGAUCCUUACAGGAAUGUUACGAAGGAUCAUCCAAAACCGGAUUUUGAUAGUUAUCUUGGGGAUCAUCGUCAUCUUUGCAGUCGUGAUGAUUAUUUAUUUUUCUGUCAAGAGACACUGAUAUCUUUGUUGUUCACUAACCAGCAACAAACUGCUACAGAGUAAUUAAGACAAAGUGGUCACAUGAAUCAUUCUCUUGCACAGAAACGGUUCUCUCUCAAAGCCCGCACUUCAACUCUGGUGCAAGCAUAUUUUGUCUUAAUGGCUAUAUGUGCAUUUGAUAUUUUUCUUUGUUUUAGAGAGUAUCUCAUAGUAUGACUUCUGAUUUUCCAUAUUAACAUAUGCAAUGAACAUAUUAUUAGCAGAUAUAAAAGAUCACAUGUGUAAGAAACAUAUUAAUUCCAGACCAGAUUUUUAUUGCUUAUUGUAAGAGUUUAAACACUUGACUUGAGUUGGUAUUAAAUCUCUGGCAGCAAGUUCCCUUUUAGGAUCUUGAAAUAGGAGCAAACAGAAUUUCAGAAAAGCACCUACUGAGUGUGAUACUCAGGCUUGAAUAACUAUCACAGAUAUCACCCAACAAAGCAAAGGAUUUAUUGUUUCUAAUAAAUAUAUUAUCUUUUGACAGGAUUGCUUAAUUUCCACUGUGAACCUGUUAUUCUAAUGUGAUCAUUUUUCUUAUUUCUUUCAAACGUUCUUUACUGUUGAUGUAUAUAUUUUCAUCUCCACCAAGUCCUGGAUUGUCAAAUGAAUAUAUUUUGCAGUGUUGCCCUAUGACUAUGCUGUUAAUUUUGCUUUGUGUUAUUGUGAUUUUAAUGAAUGCAGAUUCCAAAGCAAGAAAAAAAAAUUGGUUGGCAGAUGUAUGAAGAUCCUUUGUCAAUUUUCUGGACUUAAAUUCAACAAAAUAAUGGGAUUUAAAAUUUGAAGUAUCAUAAUUUCAUUUAAACAAAUAUGGUCUUAGCUGGUGUACCACAAUAAGAUUAUAUCUACUCAGACUAGGGUGGCAAGAAAAUACUCAACAAAUUUUGUCAUUAUGUCCAAAAGAAGAAAGAUGCACUUCAAUUUGACUUUCUUUGACAUUGCCUCAGCAGCUAUUGUUUGUGCUCUCUCCUCUGCCCCAUCUUACAGCACAUAUAUUUAGACACAUGAAUCAAGUUGUUCCAUCCCUCCUACCUUCUUCCUUACACACUUUGUGUGGUAAACAGACAUUUAUGGUAUAGGAAUUACAGUGUAAAAAGCCACAGCCAAUUCUAAUCCCCAGGCAUAUGUAUCAAUAUGAUUACUUGAAAGCAUGUGUUUCUUUUAAUACCCACAUUACAUUGUCAUUAUGUGAAAGGUUUUUAUGAUUAUAAAUGUAAUAUGUGUAAUAUGUGAAGCAGUUCUCAGUGAUGGGUAGAUCCCCCACACAGAUACACACAUACCCAGUGGUGUGCUGGAGCCGGCUCGCGAGAACUGAUUGUUAAAGUUUUGAGAAUUUUGUAAGCCGUUUGUUAACAGAGGGAGCAGCGGAAGCCUUCUGCUCCUCUGAUUGCUGGACGAAAGACAUGUGCCAGAAGCAUGGGCUUCUGGGCAGAGCUUAGAAAAGUUACUUGUUUGAACUGCAACUCUCAUCAGCCCAAUCCAGUGGCCAUGCUGGCUGGGGCUGAUGGGAGUUGUAGUUAGGGUUGCCAUAUUGCCUGGUUAGCCGGGUUUUACCCGGAUUGUUUGCAUGUCACCCAGCACCUGUUUAGCCCCUUAGGUGGCCCGGAUUCUCAGCUUUAAUUUUUUAAAAAAUUAAGUUUCUAGGUGGUCUGGUUCUCGAGAUAUACAUAAAAAUGUCAGCCACCCCGACUGUUAAAUCUUUUUUUAAAAACAAAGCUGUCCUGUAUAGCACUUCGCAGCUCAGUCUAACCCCGCCCAUUCAGGAUUGCAGCCAAUCAGUGUGAAGCCAGUUUGGUUGACCUGGGCAGUGUCUAGAAACCUCAUUGCAAUGCCAGAAAACGGUGGUUCCCCCCCCCCCAUUUAUCUGAAAAUCUCAUAAAUUUCAGUUUUUUUCCUCUUGUGUGCAGGAGUCAGAUCCUGGGCAGUGUUUUCAAAACCUUCCCAAUACUUGCUUUUGUGGGGGUAAAAGCAUGCUAAUCCCAUAUGCCCAGAGUAAAUCCCAUUGAAUUCAAUAGGACUUACUUUUGAGUAGACAUGGUUAUGAAUGUGCUCAAAAUCAAUGGGACUUUGGAGUGAAUGUAAAAAAGAAUUGUGUUUGUGUUCUAACUCUUUCUGCUCCCUUCUCCAGUCCUACUUUAAAGCAAGUAGGCAGGGCUUACUUAGGUAUUACAGAUUUUAUUAUGUAGGAAACUAAUACUGAUUUUUCUGCAAUGACCAACUGGUUUGACAAUAAACUAUUAUAUGGGGUGUAUUAUAUUUUUUACAUCUGCAGUGUGUGUGUGUGUUUGGAGUCUUUCCAACAACCCUGUGAGGUAGGGUUGGGAAACCAAGGCAACUCACAAUAAGAAAUAAAUUCCUUUAAAAUCCAAUAACCAUAAAGCAAGAAUAAACAGUUGGAAAACAGCCUAAAGAGGCAUGAUUCUGAAUUUUGGGUUGGGUGAAUGAAGUUUAUUUAUUUAUUAUUUGAUUUAUAUCCCACCCUUCCUCCCAGUAGGAGCCCAGGGUGGCAAACAAACACUAAAAGCACUUUAAAACAUCAUAAAAACAGACUUUAAAAUAUAUU